GGCCCGAACCCAACUCCCAAGCCCUCAGACGCGGGCGGCGCAUCCCACCCGUGCGGCCGCUGCCGCCUCCGCGACAAUCCUCCGUAUCGAUGGGAAGCCGCUCACUGAUAGAAAGAUGGAAUCUGUCUCAUCUCCUGCACUGUGUCUCUCCUCCGAUCCCGACCUGCCAUCCUCCUCUUAUUUCCAGGUCCCGCACCAUCCUUGAAGAUUUUGAUCGAGGGGGAAGAAUCACAGGUUCCCUGCCGCCGAGGCUUUGGUCAAGUGCUAGCCCGAGAAGGUGGACUGCCAGAAUUGUGAAUGGUUUUUAUGCUGGUGGUUUCCGAAAUAUUCACACCAGUCAACCACUUAGCAAUACAGGCCAGGUUGUAAUGGAUCCUCAAAAGGAUACACAAAAUGUGGUACCUGUUAAUGACCAUAGCACCACAAAAGUAAAGAGGAAAAAGUUGAAAGGCAGAAGAGCUGUUGUAAAGUGGCUCAAGUUCUUUAGGUGGAAGAAGAAAAAGGAGUAUGAAAGAAUGACCGCUGAAGAGAAGAUAUUAUACAAAAUGAGAAAGGCUAAAAGAAAGGAAGAACGGCUUGUUGAGGCAUUGAAGAAAAUUGAACCUGCAGACUCAUCAGAGCCUACCCAUGACCCAGAGAUACUUACUCCAGAAGAGCACUUCUACCUCCUCAAGAUGGGUCACAAAUGCAAAAACUAUGUACCCGUUGGAAGGCGUGGUAUUUUCCAGGGAGUGAUUCUCAACAUGCAUUUGCACUGGAAGAAGCAUCAGACAUUGAAGGUUAUCGUGAAGACAUUCACCCCAGAGGAAGUUCGUGAGAUUGCAGCAGAAUUGGCUAGAUUAAGUGGAGGAAUUGUGCUUGAUAUCCAUGAGGAGAAUACAAUUAUUAUGUACAGGGGAAAGAACUAUGCACAACCACCAACGGAGAUUAUGUCCCCGAAGGUUACUCUUUCAAGAAAAAAGGCCCUUGAUAAGUCCAAGUAUAAAGAUGCCUUACGGGCUGUCAGGAGGUAUAUUCCUAAGCUUCAUCAAGACCUUGGUGAUCUACAAGAGCAGAUGAAAAGAGAGGGAGAAAGUAAAAGUAAGACAACUGAAGAAGCUGUUUCAAAUGCUGUUGAUAACAGAAUAAUUUCCGAUUGCCAAAUGAAAAGCUCUGAGGUGCUUGAUGUACUAGAAGAUGGAAACAGUGAGCCAGUUGAAGAUGAUUCGUUGAUGGAAUCAAGUUCUUGGUCAGAGACGGAAGAUCUGUCAGACAUGUUUGAGACAGAUUCUGAUAUGGAGGUGAUGGAGAAAUCAGAGUGUCCUCUGUAUUUAGAUGAAGUGGAAAAAUUUCCAUCAAAUAUUGAUGAGGAGCCAAAGGAUUUUGAGGAGCAUCUACGUCAAAUUGCUGCUGCCUCAAAGCGGAUUGACCUUUCUACUAAAGAUGUAAAACUGGCUGACUUGGAUGCCGUUGAUAAGAUUUUCUUAAGAGCCAGCUCCUUAUUGAAGAAAAGAAGAUAAUGUACAACCUGAAGUACAUGGUUAUUCCAUUAUUCUUCUUAAGCAUAUCAUUUGGAUUCCUUGUCCAUCAUACUUAGCUCUGGAAAAUCUUCCGAGAUGUACUGCACGGAUACUCCCUUAAUAUGUUUAGUAUUGAUUUUCUCAUUGUACGUCCAAUUUUCUGAGAGAAACUAAUUAAUUUAUUUUACCUACGUAAACAUUAAAUUUUAGAGGGCUUGAUUCUGAUACUUCUUGUCCAGAUAUAUAUAGAUACAGGAAACAAAUAUAUUCACAUGUCCAACCUGUGUCAGGUAUUUUCCAUAAACAGAUACCAAGUUUCAAUCCUAUGUUUUUCGGAGAACAUUUGAUCUUACGUGCUUUUCAAUCUUCACCAGGUUAAUUCUUGGUGGUUUCCCCAUUCUGCAGGAAUUAGGUUGGAGAAAAGUUCUUUGGAGAUGGUCAUUACUUAUAUGCAAAAUGAACAUGCAAAGCAAUGCAGUGUUUGCGGCUAGUCACAUUGUUGCUAUCUGCUGAGUUUGCUGGUUUCUCAUGAAUAUGGCAUUUCUCAUCUUGUUUGAACAGGAUCUUUAUGCCCAAAGCACAUCGGCUUUCUAAUAUGAUGUGCAGCUGCCUUACCUUAACUCAGGAAUACUUGUGCUUCUAGCAACCAGGAGGGACACCAUGUCAGCAUAUGCAGCAUGAGGUCACGAGUGUAAUAUAUCUUACAGAAUGAAGAUGAUGCCAUGAUGGAUUACACUAUAAUGAAUUCUAGGUCAGAAGAGGGAAUGAAUUGUGUUACGAUCUUAACUAAGCAAACAAGUUAACAGUGGCUCUGGACCCUGGAGCUGAUGUUACUUCAACCAGCAGAUACAGGCAGCAGCAGCUCCAGAAAGUAAUCCACUUUCUCUUUCACUGUAUUUCCAGUAUAUUGAUCAUAAACUUCUAAUUUUAUGGUCUUCUGUUUGAGUUUGCUGGUGCCCACAGAUCAGCACCAUUGCUUUGGGCAAUCUUGAGUGUGGAGGCUACUGGCACAAGACACAGGCCACGGCUUCUGAGGCUGUAACAUUCUCUCUCCUACAGUCACAUCAUAAGUGAUAGCAUGUCAGUAAAAGAGUUCAAAAGCUGCAUUCCCUUAUCGACUUCAGGAUACAACUGAGGGCAUAAACCAAUAAGCCAAAGAGACUAUAUUGACUAAACUUGUACCAAACCCCAGAAGGCAUACCACAUGGAAGGGCCUAAUCUUAUUUGAAGUGUGGCUUGUAUCAGCUCAACUUGCAGAACUUCAACUGGAACCAGCCAUAAGUAGAACCAACUUCCAUCAAGAUUAAGCUGACCAGGUUUUCUUGUCUGCUCUAAUAUCAUCUACUCUUUUAUAUAUAUAUAUAUAUAAUUUUCUCUUCGGCUAAACCACAAGUCAUCUAAAGGUUUAAGAUUGUAAACUAGAGUUAUUGUAGAUUGCAGUGGCAUCUUUCUAGAUAUUGGCACUCUUGGUCCCAUUUCGUACAGUAUAAAGGUAGCCUUGAGUCUUCUACCCUUGUUUAAUGUGCUGAAUGCUGCAGGUGUACGUUCAUGGACAGCUCUUAUCAACAGUAAGCUUUUUAGUAUAAGCUGUAGAAGUACAAGGAAGUAGUCGAGUAGUCACUGUCCUGUUAUCUAUACCACCUGUCCUAACAGUUGAUACAAACUGUCCCGAGUUGUAGUUAUCAUCCACAAUCACACCUAACCUGACUUAUUUAAUUUUGCAGACUAACAACUCAUACCGUUGCACCAAAAUUUAGCAGGUAGUGACUACGGAUGAGGUGAUCGCCGGAGAUCUCAGUUAUGAGCUCACAAAAGAGAAAGUGAACCUACCAGGAACCGAGGAGAAAAUCUCUGCAAGAUUGAUCAGCAGCGGCACGAAGAAUCUCGCGAUCGAAGCCGUUGGAAUCUGCUCACCGGAGACGUCGUGAUCUCAAAGUCGCUCUUGCACUGGAUCAAAACGAAGUGAUGAUAGAAAGAGAGAGAAGAGAGCUUCUGGUAACUACUGAGGGUUUAAGCAUGAGGAGAAGGAUUGGCACAUCUAUAUAAACAGAGAGCUGAGGCAGUGGCAAGAAGUCUUGUGGUGAUCGGAAACGGAGGAAAGAGACCUUCAUGGACUUUUGUGACAGCUAAUAUCCAACCCAUGAGAGGGCCCCUCAUCUCUGCAAGGGUUGAUGUUAGACCGAGCCUUCUGAAGAGGCUUGUCAGGGGUUGAUAGCAUCAAAACCAGCAUUCUGAUACGAGUUCGAACUGCUGUAGCUGGCACAUUCCACAGUGUGGAUCAUUGGAUUUGCCUAGGUAGUAGAGGCAAAAGAUUGUGCUACAUAUUUAAUUAGAGGAGGUUGGAUUUAUUGAUUUAUAACAGGAUCGUACUAAUCGUGAAAUUUGAAUCGAUUGGAGGUGAUUUCUUUCGAUGCA